AUGAACUUUCAGGUCUUAAUUAUAUUUGCUUUAACUGCGAUUUCAUAUGUUUUAUCCAAAGUUCCAGCAGGGCGAAUUAAUCCAGCCUCGUGAAUGAGUGACUCUCUUGAAUUUAUAGGCCAAAAAACACUUAAAGAGAUCACGCUUCCAGGAACUCAUGAUAGUGGCGCUUAUUGGCUGGGAGAUGUUUGGAUGCCAGACGCAGGCUCAGACUGGCCAAAUGAAGCUGCUGCAGUUGGCCAAAAAAUAGGUAAAAAUGAAACAUGGGUAACAAGAAAUUUUGCACUAGCCCAAGAUCAAAAUCUCUACCAGCAGCUUUUGGGAGGAAUAAGAUAUCUUGAUAUUCGUUCAGGAUGGGACAAUACAACAAAUCAAUGGGUCACUUUUCAUUACCUCUGUGGUUCUCCAAUAACUGAACUUUUUGGAAAUAUUUCUAAAUUCAUGGAAGAAUAUAAAAAUGAAAUAUUGGUCCUUGAAGUUUCUCACUUCAGCGGAUUUCCUUCUCAUCAAAAUAUUAGGGAUCUCAGAGCCAUGAUUAUUGAAUAUUUUGGGGAAUUUAUUUAUCCUGUAAAUUUAAGUUUCAAUUUCACGAUAAAUGAUAUGAUAGAAAGUGGGAAAACAGUUAUUGUCACUAUGUCAGAGGAGGAUUCAGCUCCUAUAUGGCCUGGAGACACAAUUUAUAAUACAUAUGCUAAUUCUCCAAUUAUUAGGAAGAUGAUUAAAUUCAAUAAAGAUACUGUGCAACAGUAUAUGAGCAGCACUUGGCCUAAUCAAAUUUUCAAAGUUUCUUGGACUUUAACACCUAAUGCUCAAACAAUUUUGGAUUCUAUCAAAUUCUUGAAGCCACAUACUCUGAUUCAGCUGGCCGACUUAGGGAAUCCUUUCUUACCAGAGUUUUGGAAAAGCUUGAAGCAUGAGCAUUAUCAAGUAGGGAAUAUUCUUAUCAUAGAUCAUUAUGAGCAAAGUUCUAUUAUGGCUGUGAUUUAUGAUAUGAAUGGAAUUACCUUCUAA